GGAAGCUCUUGAUUAUCUUUUUCUUAUAAUGUCUAUUGUAGUCUUACGAAAUGAAGAUCUCUUUUUUUUAUUAAGAUGGACAAAACAAUAUUUAUAUUGAAAACGGUUAAUUAACGUAUGAUCCUAUGGAAAAUGUCAUGUCAACUAUCGACGAUCCCAAUAUUGUUCUUGAAACUUUGGUUAAUUAUUCUUCUUGCAUGAAGAGUAAGCCAUUGGAAAAACAACCAACUGAAAACAAAAAGUCAAUUACUUCAAAGCUAGGGCAAUUUACCUCAAAGAAGACAAAUGCAGACUAUAGCAUUAAUCAGAGGACGACGUUCAUCGAUCGUAUGAUCGAAUUACCUGUGGGACAGAGGUAGGCCGCUGUGGUCGGGAGAGGAUUAGGUGUCGAAGAACGAACUGCUCAGCGAUGAUGGAGAAGCUAUGAAGAGACGGGCCAAGUGCCGAUCAAAAAAAUCGACCAGAAAUCCAGGACGCCCAAACAACUUUACAGAGGAACACAAAGCUUACGUCUUGGACCUUUUUGAUGACGAUUCACAGGUUACUGUUUGUGAUGUAGUUGAAACUUUGACUAAAUCCUUUGAGGAUU